AAGAAUACAGUUUCCGUCGUUUCUCCUUGUCUCUUUAUUCGUGAAUUAUACAUUCCCAUACAGUCCAGAUCAUUGCAUUCACUCGAUCCUUUAACCUGACCACCAGGAUACUGCUCAAUAGCUUCAAGUCUUGUUGUUUUUCCUACAGACAGACCGCCACCCACAGCAAACGAACAAAAUCUUGAAUCACUUAUUUUCGAUAUUGCUCCCAAGUGCUUCCUGCGAGAAUUGAUACUCAAGAAGUCAGCAUCUUUUUCUUUCCAUUAUUUGCAUUUCACAAGUUUCACCAUGAGUUUGCAAGACCAGGUUCACAGGCGAAUGCAGGUGAAAGUCUUGUAUUCAUUUGACAACAGCCCGACAGUAUUCUUGUCGAGAUCCAAGAACCAAUACUCUGUGAAAGUGGCGCAGAUCCCAGCAUCAUCGACGCAUGAAACCGACGAGUUCAUAACGCUCGGCGCUUUCGACCUAAAGAGUUGUAUCCAACAGGUGGUGAAAAGCUCCCCUGAAAACUUCAAGCUUCAGACAGAGGACUAUGCAGUGUAUCACAAAGAUAUCACCGAGCAGCCAGAUGAGCCCUUUGUGGCAAAUGGGGCGAUCUCAUCAUUGCUCAAUAGCAACAAACCGGAUCUUAUACCGGGAAGAGUCUGCCAGAACCUAUCUGCCUCAUUCUUGUUUGGUGACCAGGCAAAUGCUUCAGCAAUGACCCUAGAAAUUAGGUUGAAAUUUCAUGUCACAAGCCGAAGUGAAGAAGCGCCUUCUCCGAAAGAUCCGGAGGUGGAGGCUGCUGGCAGAGCCGCGUCUUCUUCUAAUUCACACACACCACAACAUACCACGAGAAGAAAACGUCCUCAUGCCGGUGCAUCUUCUGAGGCGGCGAUCAAAGCUACCAGGACAAAGUCGUUACCCAUAUUUUGCCACCCCCCGAACCAGCAAAUAUCGAACAUCAUCAAUGCAGACAAGCUCAACGCAGCUCCGAAGUACGACAGCAAAAGCAUUCUGGAAAGAUUCAACCUGGCACCAUUUCUCCUGGCAAAAAUUAUUGACAAACCGUCAAGAUAUCGCAAGCGGUCCAAUAUCCCAUUGACUCCUACCGUUCAAGGCUCAGGCAGCCUUCAGCCCCAAAGGGCAAUGCGGACAAGGUCUAUGAUUUCCAACAUUCAGCCAAUGAUAUCUUCGCCGAUAAACGAGGAAGCUUUGUCCGAGGCCACAGAUGAUACGGAGUACAACGAUAACAACAGCAGAACCAUUGAGGAGGAGGAGGAAGAAGAUGAAGAAGAUGAGUUCGAAGCCAACAAUGAAGAUUCCUCUUCCCCUUUUACGCCUCAACAGCCUCCUUACAGACCAAGUGUCAACGUGAAGCCAGCACCAUCUGCAAUCGUCCGUACUGAUGGUCACCAAUUCCAGUCGCUUCCUGAUCUUGAAGACUUGGAUAGCAAAAAUACGCACACCAUUCCUAGCCAAAAACUCCCACCAGAUCACGAUAUGUUGUGUAUCAAUAGAAAUUGUGCAGCGAUGGACUCGGUCACAUGGAGAUAUUUUGAGACCAAUUUUCACCCAAGCUAUCUCAAUAUCCCUCGCUCAAAUCCAAUAGAUAUGAAACUAUUCGAUGGGAUGUUUGGACCUAUGUGCAAUGCUUGUUACUUAUUUUUGAGAAACAAAGGAUUCAUGCGGCCUGAGGCUGUGGUUAAAAAGUAUUUGCAGCAACAAAAAUACAAAAAAGAACUCAAAUUGAAAGAACACUCAUCAAGUGUUCCUGGCACGGUGAAGUCACACAACAAUUCCUCACCCUUUUAUGCCAACACCAGCCAGAGCAACAAAUUUCCUACGCCAUCUCAUGUACCAUCUGCAAUAAGUGAGGUCAUACGGAAUCGAAAUAGCAGUUCAUCCAGGUUCCCACAGUCAGCAUCAAAAAAUUUAGGAUAUGCUCGAACUCCGCAAACUAAUGAGGACUAUCAAGAUCUCAAUGACUUCGUUAGGCAGUUGAACAAUUUUGGUGGGCCUCUCACAGACAUAGACAUGCCCAGUGAUUCGCAAAAUGCCGGAGAAAUCCUGGGAGUGACACCCCCUAUGAUUGCGACAAAAUCUAAUACGAGAGUUAUCAAUCUUUGUCCAGACGAAGAAGACAAGGAGAAUCAGCCACCGUCAAAAUAUUCUGAAUUUGAACAAAUGAUGAUCAAGUCUUUUAGUCUGAAAUCAAGCCCAGAGCAGAAUGAUCAAAACGACUGGGCUCAAUUCUUUGGCGAGCCUACUCCAAAAGAUGGUAACAGUGCUGCCCAAGUCAUCAAUAAUGGUAUUACGCCAAUUUUUGAAGACGAAGCGUUUGACUUUCAGAGGGCGGCAAUCUCACCAGCUAAAGACAAAAAAAAUGUCGUCUCCGCCGUCAAUAUGCCAUCAUCUCCUCUUCUCUCAAAUCCUCAGAAUGAUCACGGUUCGAAGUUCUCAGAGAGCUCAUCCCCUGCUGUCAAAGCAAAGAGAGUUGACACCACCAUGUCAUUUGUGAAUGGUCAUAGAUCAAGUCCACAAAGUGAGGUCUUUGAAGAGACCCAAAAACCGUGCGCUUGAAUUCCCAAUUAUAGAGAGUUGUGGCUUAUUUGAUUUUAGAUAUACAGAUAGAUCAGUCAUAAACUACAGUUACAAAGAUAAAAACUGGACCUGCCCUUGCUAGCUGGAGGCGUCUGAUUUAAAAAGCAGAGUCGUCAAAUUUUUGUGCAAGAAGGUUGACCUUGCUUUAAGUGUAACAUCUUAGUCAUCGUCGACAUUGCUCCAUUACGCAAAGCCUAGAAUUUUUUUUAUCACGAAUUUGUUCGGGGUUUGGCUCAAAAUUCUUUUCUAUUUCACCAACAUAAUUCUCAAAGACGUAUCGCAAAAUAGGAUGUCGCUGUAUGUAACAGGAUGUAGUUACACACAUCACAAUUUGUUGAAAUCAAAACCAAGAGUGAACUGGACAAUUACCGACUAGUCGCCGCUACAUCUCAGGAUUUCAACAAAGGCGGAGG